AUGGGUAAGAAGAAGAAUACCAACAACAAAAAGAAGAACAACAACAACAACAAGAACCGACUACCGAUAAACGACAAUCCAAAUUCCAACGAGCAAGCUUCUUCCCUAGCUGAACCCGCCCCGGAGACGGUGGCCGAAGUGAUUGGGAAUGGAGCAAUCAUCGAUCCAACACUCGAGCGUCAUUACCAGACCUUCGACCGUCAAACCAUGCAAUUUCAUUAUUAUUCUGUUGCUGCUACCUCGUCCGAUGAUGGUCUGACCCCGGCUAAGGACCAGGAGAACAACAAACCCGUCGAUGGCCAACCUUCCGACAGUGCUCCCCAGGAAGAAGGAUCUGAUAGCACCUCAGCUGAUGGUUUAUCGUUACCCGAUUCUGGAGAAACGUCUGAGACAAGCACACCACCUUCCGAGCCCGCUGAAAUCGCUGCUGAUGCUGUCGACGACACCGGUGCGGCACCCAAAGAGGACAGCGAGACACCUGCUCCCGCGCCAGAUGCACCCGCAACGGACGCGGACGAUAGCACACCAGCAGGUGAAGACGCCACACCAGCCGAUGACGCACCCAAAGAGGACGCACCCGAAGACGUAGAGCCAGAGCCCGCCGCCCCCGACGCAGCCGACAGUCCACCGGCACCAGCGGAGGAGACUACUGAGCCUCCCCCCAGCACUGAGGAAGACUUUCCGGCCUGCGACCCCUCCGCCGAAGAAGACAAAGUCGAAGCCGAAAAGCAGGCGGUUGAAGCUACCACAGCGGAAGAAGAGACACCAGCAGUCGACGGCCCAUCGACAGAAGAGGUCCCGCCCGAUACGAAUGCUGAUAUUCCCGGUGACGACACUGCAGGUGCGAAUGACAAUAGUGAUGCAAUUAAUGACACCUCAGCCACAGAAGCCAAUUCGGAGGAGGAACCGAAGGAGGCCGAGGCUCAG